AUGAACCGAGUCAAUGGGACAAAGGUCGAGAAGAAGCGAGUCGUCCAAGGAAAAGAGCUACACUUUAAGAAGAAAGGACCUGCCACGAUUCUCAGCGACAACGGAACCAUCGAGUUGUGCGACUCGAUCAGCAUCGCCGAAUCGAGCAGCAUCGAAUCACCAGUGUUUGCACGUCUUCAGCCUUUGGACCAAAGAGUCGACCCAAUCGAUAAUGGAAAUCAGUAUUAUGAUUUUGCGCGUUUGAUCGCCGUUGGUGGAGACAUGAGCUUUCUGAUUAGUCGACAGCAAUUCAGGAUUGAAAGGGACCGGAAAACCGAGCGUACUUAUUUGAUUGACACAAGCCGAAAUGGGACUUUUAUCAACCAGGAACGUUACGCGAUAGGAGAGCGAGUCCUAUUAAAUCACUGUGAUGUGAUUUCGAUGGGAAAAGCCGAACUGUAUUUUUGGAUUUACGAUGAGCGCCGAUACAAGGACCUUCCCCAGAAAUUGGCAAACAAAUAUGUGGUCUCGAACGUGGAGCUUGGUCAAGGAGGAUAUUCAAAGGCAGCGACAUUGUGC